GAGAAGCUGUAAACUGAGGAUUUCCUGCCCCCUACACCAUGCCGGCGCUGGAGCUGUAUAGAGAUUCAUAGGUGCCCUCUCAGCCUCUUGGAGCUGAGAAUCUUGGGGAGUGAGACCAGGAACAAGGAUUUAAUCAGAUGAGGACCGUAGCAGAUAGAUGAUGACUGCUUGUGACAAAUGCCCUGAAAGAAGAUACAGAGCACCGUGAAGGGGCUGCUGGGUGGUCUGGCCUACGAUAGGUGGCUGAGGAGAAGUUUCCCUGAGGAAAUGACAUUUAAGUUGACAUCUGAAAAAUGGAUCAACAGGAGUGAAGGGCAUGUGCAAUGUAUUUGAAAGUAUGUGCAAUGAAGUUCGGAAGAACAACCAGUGUGUGUGUGUGUGUGUGUGUGUGUGUGUGUGUGUGUCUGUGUGUGUGUGUCUGUGUGUGUAGGGGGAUUAAUCUUGUUUCUCCAAAUAAAACCCAGGGAGUAAACACACUUAAACAUCAGCUACUUUGACAGAUGUGGAGAAACACCUCAACGUGAUGAUACAGGCUGGGGCUGAAAGAUCCAGAAUGCCUGUCAGACUGUGCCAAUGUGCUAUGUGUUCUUAGGCAAAACAUACCACUGGCCUGUGCCUCAGUUUCCCCAUCUGCAAAGAGUCUCAUGGUUGUGGUGAAGAUUGAGUGAGUUAGUAUGUAAAUGGCCCAGACAAUCCCUGGCAUUACAGCUUUCUCUGUUUAUUGCAUAUCAAUUCUUAAUUUUUAGUGUAGUUGCCUAUCAACUAGAAAAAAGAAAAAAAAAAGUCUGAGCCUAUAGUGUUAAAGUUGAGUUCCUAUAGUGUUAAAGUUGAGCCUGGAAAAUAACUUAAAAAAAAAAUUCAAAUUCAAUGCUCUUUCUGCUAAAAGUAUUGUUUUUUUUUCCUCUCCAAUUCACACAGAACUCCAUCAGUGUAUUUGAGUAUUUAAGGCUGAAAAUGGGUAUUUUUUUUUAAUCCAUCACAAUAUACAUUUCCUAGAAUUGGUUUGAAGGAGGCUGGGUGUGGCUCUGUGCGAGUAAGUCAGUCUUUUUCAAGUUGCUGGUUUCCUCAUAGAAUAGUGUCAAGGGGAUGCAGGAAGCCUCGAAGCUGAUUUCAAGGUAUAGCUAAGGUGUAGUGAGUCGAGGAAGACCCAGGGAAGGAAUCUCCUUGAGCAGUUUCCAUUUUCCAAGUGGAUUUUGUUGAUUGGAAUACAGAUUGAAAACUUGAAAGCAGUAUGCUUUGCCUCCUGAAACUGAUUGUGAUUCCAGCGAUUCUGGGUGAUUCUUGGGGCCUGGCUGACAUGACUGUCUCCGAUGAGCUGAGAGUGCAUGUGGGUGAUUCAGCUUUCAUGGGAUGUGUUGUCCAGAGCACAGAAGAGAAACAUGUGGUCAAAGUAGACUGGAUACUCUCAAACGGGAAAUAUGCUGAGAAUGAAUACGUGCUAUACUAUUACUCCAACCUUAGCGUGCCUACGGGACGCUUCCAGAACCGUUCACAUUUGGUGGGGGACAUCUUACGAAAUGACGGUUCUCUCCUGCUCCAAAAUGUGCAAGAGGCUGACCAGGGGACCUACACUUGUGAAAUCCGCCGCAAAAGUGAGAGCGUGGUGUUUAAAAAGUCCGUGGGACUGCGGGUGCUGCCAGAGGAGCCUAAAGAGCUCACAGUCCAUGUAGGCGAUUCAACUCCGAUGGGAUGUUUUUUCCAGAGCACAAAAGAGAAACAUGUGACCAAGGUGGACUGGAUGUUUUCUUCUGGAAAGCAUGCCAAGGAGGAGGUUGUCUGGCGCUAUGACUUCGACAGCUAUGACUUCAAGGAGCGUAGUGGGUACUUCCAGAACCAGGGCCGCUUCCGAAACCGGGUAAACCUGGUGGGUGACAUCUCCCGAAAUGACGGCUCUAUCAUGCUGCAGACAGUGAAGGAGUCCGACCAAGGAGUCUACACCUGCCGCAUCUACCUGGGCAAUCUGGAGUCCAGGAAAACCAUUGAGCUGCGUGUGAUCCAGGAGAGAUCUCAAAUGUCAAUUUCAACAACUCCUCGACCCAAGACUAAUCAGCCAGCGAUCCUGGAUGGGAAUCAGCUGGUGAUAAUUGUGGGGAUUCUCUGUGCUACCUUCUUGCUGCUCCCUGUUUUGAUACUGAUUGUGAAGAAAACCCAGUGGAAUAAGAGUUCAGUGAAUUCUACACCUUCCUUGAAGAGCCUGGAGAGCAAAGAGAAAGCUAAUCCAGAGAAACAUGUCUACUCCUCAAUAACUACGUGGGAGGCGAUGGAUGAAGGACCAAGUGGACAAUCAGAGGCCACCUACAUGACCAUGCACCCAGUUUGGCCCUCUUCCCCCAAAGCACCCUGUUUGGCCUUCUCUCCAGUCAGAUCCAAAUAAUCCGGUUGGGAAAAAAAAAAAAGUCAGCUUUGGGAAUUCCUCAAAACAGCAAGCUUUCUGAGAAGAAAAGAGAGGUACUUCAUCUCGGCAGCGGCAAAGACUGUGUUUUUGGUGGCCCGUGAGCCACUGUACUGGCUAUUUUAGACUUCUGCUUUCUCCCUGGUCUCGACCUCCAUCAGAGGCCCGAAGAUGGAGGGUUUGGAGUCUGGCAGGAAGACCGAACUGCUCCCGACAAACAGGCACUGAUGAGAGGAGGGAGACCAUAGGCUUCUCCCAGAAGUGGUGUGCUGGCUGGUGGGGCUGGGAAGCUGGCUGGUCUACCCGUGGUCUCAAGCAGUCCCUUGGACCGGAUGUUUAAUGUGAACAGUGUCUUUUGUGAGUGAGCUACGAAGAGGCUCACAGAGAUCCCAACCAGCAAAAACAAUUCUUUUGACGAAUUAUCCCCAAAUAAAUGUGGUUUGUGGGAACCAUC